AACACCGCAUCUCUUCCUUUAAGUGGGUAUUCUCUUUUCUAGAGAUUGUCUGAUCCUGGAUUCUGCCUUUGGAUUGGUUAGCCAAUCAUAACACAAGGCGCGGGAUAGUUCUAGCCAAUCCUAGUGUGAAGUGGGCGGGGUUUGUCGGAUUAGAGGUGGAAAAUAUACAUACAGACAAAGUAAAACUCUGGGUCGCGUGUAGUGAUUGCUGUGGAGAGCAUAGCAACGGCUCUCAGACAGAGAGAGAGAGAGAGCUUAGUUAACAUGCUGAUUCACUGAGGGAGGGACUCACAGCCUAUUUAAUUAAAGAGUAAAUUACAGUUCAUUUAUUUAUAUCUCAGUAGUAUAUCUAGUUAUAAUAACUGCUGGUUGGUUUGUGAGUGAGUGAGUUAACGUAGAGAUGGAGAGGAAAGUGACCGUCAGGAGAGCCACUUCAGCGGGUUAUCGUUUACCGGAGAGACCGAGCGUCCCCCUCGCCUCUCAGUCCUCCGUGUCCGUGCUGAGACCCUCCCAGAGCCGGACAAGAAGCGCCGGAGAGCCCCCGGAGCGAGACACCGACACCCGAAACCCGGUCAAACAGGACCAGGUCUGGCGCGAGUUCGUGCGGGCUGAGCGGACCGGAGUGAAGGAAUGGGAGAAGAACUGGAGUUUUCUAAAAGACUUUGACCAGCUGGGUCGACCCAGGACAGAGCCCCCUCUCCCCACCUAUGUGCCUCUGUACUCUGACACACUCCCCAACACCAGCAACCAGAUGUUGGGCAGCCGGAUGUGUACAGAACUGGGUAAAGAGCUGAUGCGGAUGGACAAGCUGCUGAUGCUAACAAUGUCGCACCGAAAAAACAAGCAGAGUUCCGAGAUGCAGCCCUGCUGACAGACGCCUGGAGAUCAGACAAGCCCAGCCUCAGCCAUUCUCUUAGAGGACAACUAAACCAGCUCUGAACUGAGCUGACUAUACACUGAUAAGAGUGCUGCACUGAAGUGACUCAAUUCAAAUGUGCGCAGAAGUUCCACAUGAGUUAAAUCUGUACAGUCAUUGCCAAAGAUUAGAAAACUAAUAAGACAGUCCAGUCACAAAAUGAUGACCACCUACUAAGAAAGUGAAAAAAGGUGCACACGUACAAAACUUAAUGUGCAACAUAAAGCUGUGAAAUCAAGCAGAUGGUUAUGGCGAUUCAUUUUAAUGUUCCCUGAGUGAGUGUGUGUGUAUUGAUUUCCUAGUUAUUGUCCUGGUUGUGAAGGUGAACUCCUUGCAGGAAGAAGCUAAUUCACAUCCUGUAUAGAUUGGUUAAAAUACUAUAACUACUAUUGUUAAACACUGUUAUGAAGUCUUACACUUACACUUAACUUACACUAAGUAGUCUUAGUAGUGUUUCCCUUUCAAAAGAAUUUAACUAUAACUAGAACUGUUACUGAAGCUAUGAAAUUCUAAAAACUAAGUUUUUUUUUUUUCUAAAUGAAACCAGUUUAGGUAUUAGGUUUAACGUGAAAUUAUAUAAUCAAAUUGUAUGAAUAGGACUCUGUGGGAUUAAAUUAACACAAUGAAAAUGGACCAAUGGGAAACCUGAAUCAUCACCUUCAAAACUUCACUUACUGUGCAUUUUUAUUAAAUCCACUGAUCAUAUAGGAGCACUUUGAAGUUUAUAAUCUAUAGUUUAUAGUUUAUAAUUACAGACAGUAGUAACCCUGUUCUUCAAUGCUCAGGACCCCACAGGACCACCACAUAGCAGCUGUUAUUUGGGUGGUGGGUCAUUCAUUUUCAGCACUGCAGUGACACUGAUCUGCAUUGUGUAUGAGGUGUUAGUGUGUGUUGUGCUGUAUGUGUAUGAUUGGUUAGGCACAGCAGUGCUGCUGCAGUUUUUAAACACUUGUGUUCACUCACUGUCCUCCACUCUAUUAGAGAUUCUUCCAAGCUGCUCCACCUUGUAAGUGUAAUGUCAGAGACAGAAACUCAUCUGCUGCUGCACAGUUUGUAUUGGUUAUCUUUUAGACCAGUGUUCUUCAAUCCUCAUCCUGGCACCCAAUGGUUUGCUAAUAAGCUGAUUAGUUGAGCUGAUUAGGGGGUUCCAGGACUGAUGAACCCUGCUCUGGUCCUUUAUUAGUGGUUACUGUAGACACCGUAUAUAGGAUGGAUAUUUGUGGUUGGUGGACUAUUCUGAGUCCAGCAGUGACACUAAGAAGGUGGUCAUAAUAUUGUGACUUGACUGUGUAUAAUGUUUGAAUAGAAUAAAUUCAUUGAAGUGCUCUUUUAUUUUUAGUUGUGGACAUUUAGGGCAUACUCACACUUAGAAUACUUUCCACAAACCAUGCUGGAGCACACCCGCUGGCCUGCACUCACACAGCAACUAAUAUUCCUGGUAGUGUUGCACGGUAUACGAUGCUAGAAAAGUAUCUCAAUACUUAGUACAACACCCCGUUUAUUUAGUAUGGUCACUUUAACUUAGUCGGCACAAAAAUCCCAUCUUGUUUUUUUUUAGCUUAAUAACUCAAGAUUGUCUCAACACAUCAGAGAAGUCAUAAACACGCAUUCUGAAGUCUAAUUUUAAAACUAAAAUCCAGUGUCUGAGGCUCUGGGCUCUGUCGUCUCUUAAGUUUCCGCACAGCUAUGUAUACACCAGCUCAAAGCCUGAUACCAACGCAUGGGCUUGUAAACAAUAUUUUGAAUCAUUGAUUUGAAUUUGCACUUGAUUUGUGCACCAAUUUACUCAAUAGGUCAACUUUUCGCUUAACCCAUCGUGUAAGCUCCUUAAAGACUCUUUUUUUUUGUUGUACUUUUUUAGUUCCAUGUUGGAUCUUCUUAGGUGUUUGCUGUGGAAUUAUUUCGGUAUCGCUACCAAGAUAUUAGGCAGAUAUCUUAUUAAAAGUCAUUAUUUUGGUAUGACAACACUAAUUCCUGGUCUUAUCAAGCAGCAAUUACUGAACUAAACUGUACCCUGCUCGAGCACAGUUCGGAGCGAUCACUUUACUCCAAUAAACCAAGCUUUGGUAGAAAAACAUACAGAGUGAGUACGCCCUUUAUACUGUAGGUAAAUUGUGCUAAAAGGUUUAUGGGGGUGUAUAAAUGCUAUAUUUAUGAAAUUGAGCUUCUGCAAUGAAUAAAUUACUUUUUGUAAUGUUUUCUGAUCCAC